CGUACGAGCGGAAACGCCUUUUAGACCCUUCCAGAGACACCGGUGGCGGUGAGAGGCGGGCGAAGCAAGGCAUCAAGAAGAGAGGCGGAAGGAGGAGCCGAUCCAUAUUGCGCUGCGGCGAUCCAAGCAAGAACGAAGCGGGGAAGGAGGUUCUCAGUCCGUCUGCAACUGCGAAACAGGGAUGGCUGGUGACCAGGGCAACUGUUCAGUCCAAGGAAUUGGUGAAAGUUCGGAUUCAACUAUAGAACUUAAUGUCAAGAUGCUAGAUUCACGGGUCUACACGUUUCGUGUAAACAAAGAUACACCAGUUCCUUCACUGAAGGCAAAAGUAGCAAGUGCAACAGGUGUUCCUGUGGAGCUGCAACGGCUAAUUUUUAGGGGGAAAGUCUUAAAGGAUGACCACCAUCUUUCAGAUUAUCAUUUGGAUGAUGGUCAUACACUGCAUUUGGUUGCUAGACAGCCAGUUCAGGCACAAACUCAACCUGGGACAGUCGCAGGGGAUUCCUCUCGUGUUAACGACAACCAAGGAAGUGACUCUACCAGCAAUGCUCCUCAUAAUAGGAUUGGACAAGUUUCUCACAGUGUUGUUCUUGGAACUGUUAACAUUGGUGAUCAAGGGGAAGGGGUGAUAUCUGAUAUUGGUCGGGUUGUAGGGGCGGUUCUGCAAUCUUUAGGAGGAGGGAUUCUGACUCCUGGUGUCGGAGCUAGUAACACUCCCUCUGCUGCUAAUCAGGUGUCCCCAGGUGGUGAAACAGAAGGCUCCCGUAAUGUGAAUGGCAGAAACCAGUUAGGUAACCAAGCACAACCAGCAGUUACUGUUGUCAAUCAGCCUUUUCAGGUGCAACUUGCUUCGCCAGGGAGUGUGCCGCGGAAUAUGGUCAUUCCUGAUUCUAUGACGACUCUAUUGGAUUUCAUUAACCGCAUGGAGCUAAUUCUGCAAAAUAGUGGUUCUCAGUCAUCUUCACCUAGCAAUCUGCGGGACCCUCGAAGAUCAGAUAAUGCAUCCUUGAACCUUAACAGAUUACCAACUCCUGAUGUGUUGGCUUCAGUAAUCGAGCAUGCUAGACUACUUCUCAGUGGCAAUGCAGCAGCUGCCUUUUCUCGUAUGGUUGAACGCCUGAGAAGAGAAACCACUUCUGCUGAUCCAAUGAUACGGAGUCAGAUACAGUCUGAUGCAAUGCAUAUGGGUUUAGUAAUGCAACAUUUAGGUGCUAUGCUUUUGGAGCUUGGUCGUACAACUAUGAUGCUACGGAUGGGACCAUCUCCUGAUGGUUCUUUUGUGAAUUCUGGACCAGCUGUUUAUAUAUCUUCCACAGGACCAAACCCCAUAAUGGUUCAGCCUUUUCCUCCUCAAAUGAGCCCUCUUUUCACUGCUUCCUCCCCUUUGGUUAAUGGGCCUUCUAUGCCACUUGCUGGUGGGGACCCAUUGAGAAAUAUCAACAUCCAUAUACUUUCUGGGACUUCGUUGGCACCUGGUGCAUUAUCUUCUGGUGGAAGGGCGAAUACAGGGGAUGCAAAUCGUAGUGAACGCCAGAAUGUGGAACAACCAAGGCAGAAUGGCAGUGGUUCAGGCAAUGCAGAUCCAAUGCGAGGAAUACCAGCAAGAACAGUUGUUGCAGCUAUUCCAGCACGUCCCUCUGGUGAAACUGCAAGUCAGGUCCUUAGUGUUGUUUACCCUGUUCAUGUAAGGUCUCAGCAGUCAGGUCCUCCACAUUCAGGUUCAUUUCAAGGGUCCCAUCCUCCUGUGGGUAGCGGAAUGGAACCUAACACAUCAGUCAUUGUUCCACAUCCUUCAGAAUCAGGUAGCAUCCCUGCAAUAGUAGCACAAGUAAAUGCGCACAUUGAUGGUGCAUUUGCUGCCAAUGCGCUGGGUCAAAGUUCUUCAUUUACAAGUCACCAGUCUGCUGCAGCUCAAGGUUCUCAUCCAGCUAUGAAUAGUGAGUCACAAUCAGAUAUGAAUGUUCAACUUCCACAAGGCUCUUCAGGAAUGGAUUCUAUUUCUGCAAUUGUUAGGCAAAUAAAUGAACAAAUUGCUAAUGUGAUCUCUGGAAAUUCCCCAAACCAAAGCUCGUCAAGCACAGCAGGGCAGCAGCAAGUUGCUUCAGGUUCGUUAUCAACCGAUACUGAUGACAAUUCUGCGAGUACCCAUGAUGAUAAUGAUCCUGAUUCUAACAACAAAUUGUUUGAGUCACAAAUUUCUGAUACCACCACGCGAGGUGAUGGGAAACAGCCUCAGCUAGAAGGGAAUGGUUUUUCUACUACUGGGGACCAUCAAAGAAGUCCUAAUUUGGAGGAAUCUUCGACUGCUGGUUUGAUAGGACUCACAAGCUGUGGAAGUGACACUAAUUCAGCUACACUGGGGAAAUUCGCAGAGAAAACACUGAUGUCUGGUGUAGCUUCACAUGAUUCAUCAUCAAGCCAGGCUAGUGGGAGUGGUAGGUCCACACCUUUGGGCCUUGGACUUGGAGGUCUGCAACCUAAGAGACGGAGUAAGUCAACAAAGCCUGUGGGGAAAGACAGAAUAUCCUGUGAUGCGACUUCAGUAAAUCAGAAUCAGGAAUCUAUUUCUAGGGGCCAAGAAAUUCUCAGAUCUAUCGUCUCUCGGAGCUCUGAUGUUAACAGAGUAAAUGUAAAUAGUCCAUCUACUUCAUUGCCCUCUGUUCUUGGUCAGUUUGUGGAUGGCAUGUCUUUGGGAGGGCAAGGUUCCCAGGAACAAGUAGAUGCUGGCGGCAUGAUCUCUCAUGUCCUUCAGAGCCCUGUGUUUAAUAAUUUAUUGGCCAAUGUGGCUGGGCAGACUGGGCUAGGUUCCCCUGCUGAUCUGAGAAGCAUGAUGGAGCAAUGCACCCAGAGUCCAGCAAUGAGGAGUGCCCUGAAUAACAUUGUACAGCAAGUGGAAGGGGAAGGUCAAGAUCAUGGGAGCAUGUUACUGGGGUCUGGAAGUAGUGAAGGUGGAAUUGACUUUUCAAGAAUGAUUCAACAAAUGAUGCCCAUGGUAUCACAAGCUCUUGGUAGGGUGUCAUCUCACUCUCCGCCUGUUACUGUCAUGGGAUCUGAACAUCAGCCUCAAAGUAAUAACGUGACCCACAACGUUGAGAGGAUGCAAGAUCGAAAUGUUCAGAUUGAUCUUCGUGAAGUGCGGGAAAGAAUUGAACAAUGUGAUUCUUCUGGAAAUAUUUUUCGUGCCAUGCUUGAAGGUGCAGGCAAUCUGUAUGGUGAAGAGACGAGUUACGAAGACCUUCAAGAACUUGGAGAUGAUGCGGAGCUUGGUAAUGAAUAUUUGGAGAUGUUGCAACGUCAUAUUCGUGAGAGACUGCAUAAACAAUCCAAUUCGGCGGAGAAGUCCUGAAUCGACCAGGUGGAGCCUCCAAUGAUCUGGGUUGAUAAAUGUAAAAAGGCAUCCGGCUCCAUUUUGCGUUUUAAUGGCAGUGCAGUCCACUAUAUUGUUCAUGGAAAUUUUAUAGACCGAUUGAUCGUGUACUGAAAAGUCUCAGCUGGUGGUGUCCAUGAUUUUGAAGUCAUCCUGAAACCACGAAGGUGACUGAUGUUGUCACUUCUCACUACACAUUGCCAUUAUUGUCGUCACUUUUGACACAACAUUAUGUUGUCAUAUAUCCUAUACCCCGUGCUUGGGAAAUGCUUCCCUGUUUCAUGCUUUUUGUGUUUCUCUCUUUUAAUGUAUUCUAUGACUUUUGUUGAUUGUAUUACCUUUCUCCUUUUUUGUUUGCUUUGACACGGUGAUAAGAUUGUUCUUUUAUUA